CUUUGUAGCCAGAGAUGGGGACGGAGCCCACAGAGCAGGUUUCCUGGGGCCCCUACUCAGGGGAUGGUGAUGAAGUGUACUCUGCUGAGCCGUUGCCAGAGAUCUGCUACAAGGCGGAUGUCCAGGCCUUCAGUCGGGCCUUCCAACCCAGCGUCUCUCUGACGGUGGCUGCUCUAGGUUUGGCCGGCAAUGGCCUGGUCCUAGCCACUCAUCUAGCGGCCCGACGCACUGCCCGCUCACCCACCUCGGCCCACCUGCUCCAGCUGGCCCUGGCCGAUCUCCUAUUGGCCCUGACCCUGCCCUUUGCUGCAGCAGGAGCUCUCCAGGGCUGGAGUCUAGGAAGUGCCACCUGCCGUGCCAUCUCGGGCCUCUACUCGGCCUCCUUCCAUGCCGGUUUCCUCUUCCUAGCCUGUAUCAGUGCCGACCGCUACGUGGCCAUCGCUCGGGCGCUCCCAGCUGGGCAGCGGCCCUCCACGCCCAGCCGCACACACUUGGUCUCAGUCUUAGUGUGGUUGCUGUCAUUGCUCCUGGCGCUACCUGCGCUCCUCUUCAGCCGGGACGGGCAACGCGAAGGUCAGCGACGCUGUCGCCUUAUCUUCCCCGAGGGCCUCACGCAGACCGUGAAAGGGGCAAGCGCCGUGGCGCAGGUGGUCCUAGGCUUCGCGCUGCCGCUGGGCGUCAUGGCAGUCUGCUACGCUCUGCUGGGCCGCACGCUGCUGGCCGCCAGGGGGCCGGAGCGCCGGCGCGCUUUGCGCGUUGUGGUGGCCCUGGUGGCAGCCUUCGUGGUGCUGCAACUGCCGUACAGCCUCGCCCUGCUCCUGGAUACCGCUGAUCUACUGGCAGCCCAUGAGCGAAGCUGCCCUGCCAGCAAGCGCAAGGAUCUGGCACUGCUAGUGACCGGCGGAUUGGCCCUGGCCCGCUGCGGCCUCAAUCCCGUGCUCUAUGCGUUUCUGGGCCUGCGCUUCCGCCAGGACCUGAGGAGGCUGCUACGGGGUGGGAGCUGCAGCCCAAGGCUUCAGCCCCGCGGCCGCUGCCCCCGCCGGCCCCGCCUUUCUUCUUGCUCAGCUCCCACGGAGACACACAGUCUCUCCUGGGACAAUUAGGGCUGCUAAUCCAGAGGAGGGGGUGGGCUGCGGAAACAAUUCCAGGGAGGGUAAGGGAAAAAGAGUGUAGGUGGGGAAACACUGAGAACGAUAGGAACCUAAAGGGAUUACUUCUGUGUCUUGCUACAUUAAAUUGAUAACAUGGAGAUGA